AAACUCGGAGACGGAGCAAACAACGAGAAAACGAAAAGGAUUUGGAGUAAAUAUUUUUGCCUCAUACACAGAAUAAGCAACAUCCUAACACACUGGGCAAGAGAGUCGUAGAGUCGAAAAUACCCGGAGGUCAACUAUGGUACAUGAUCUUAGGUCAUGCCUGUAUUCCCCAUUUCAUGAAGAAAAUAUUAUCAUUAAACUGUUCCCAACAAAACAACUUUGAAAAAUACAAAAAACAACAAAACAAUUUUCCAUUAAAGCAUAAGUUGAGUUUAAUUAACUGUGCUCCAUAAAAUAGAAUUGCUAAGUAGCGUAACGUCACGAGAGGAUGUUGACGUGGAAGGAGAAGCAAAGGUAUAUAAAUAGUGGAGGAAUACCCAGACUAGCAUCAGUAGGUUCCCCUGACGCUGAAGAACUAAAAGGUACCUGUAGUCACCAUGAACUAUCUCCGAGUCUUGAUGAUCGUAGUGGUCAUGAUGGCUGCCGUGGGCGUGGCUAUGGCCUAUCCAGAGCCUGUUACUCCAGUGUUCCACCGUGGGUUUGGUGGUGGCAGAUUUACCGGUCGUGGUGGCUAAAAUGGGUAGAGAGGAGAAGUUGGGACGACGGCUGCACAGACGAACACCUAAACGACACCUGACUCUGAGAACUACCACAAUGAAGAGUGUCGUCCAGUCACGCUAGUUCUGAUAGCCAACACUUAAAGCUCUGCAAUGAAGUCUUCCUUGACCAACUCUUUAUGCAUAAUAAAUAUAUAUAAACAAACAAAAAUCAA